CAUCACGAAUAUUCCACACUAAGUUAAAAGCCCAAACUCGGGUUUCUCUACAACUGCAAAAGAGAGAAACUUGCUAAGUGUGCUGAAGAACUCUAUACUGCUGAAACACAAGAUGUCAGGAAAUUUGAACACAUCGAUAAAUGGAACACACAUGCACCUGCACUGCUUCAAUCCUACAGUGAACAAAGUCGUGGAAACACUGUUUGACUGCGCGAUUUUCGUUUUCUCUCUGGUGGGAAAUAGUUUGAUUUCGAUCAUCGUGUUCAAGUCUAGAGCCAUGAGGAAACCAAUCAACUUUUUAAUCGUAAACAUGGCUAUGUCUGAUCUGCUCUUUGCGAUUUUCGUAGUCCCACCGAACCUGGUAGGGAUGCACUUCCAAACCUCGUUCCUGGUUGAACCUCAAGGCGAGGUCUUAUGCAAGCUAGUAGAGUUCAUGAUCCACGUCUCUGCCUCUGUGUCAGUUCAGAGCCUGGUUCUUAUAGCAGUGGAUCGAUUUGGAGCUGUGGUAUAUCCUCUUCGACCACCACUCAUCACUUCCAAGUUGUGCUGUUUCUUAAUUGUUGCCACUUGGAUCAUCUCAUUCGGAAUCUACUCCCCUUACUUUCUUGGUUCUCAUCUGUAGAAAUUAUUGUCAAAGGCUGAAAAGUUUGCUUAGCUGCUUUUCCGCCGAACAGAGGGCUAAUCAAGUGCAAGU